UUUCCAAAUAUCACCUCAGCUUUUCUCUCUCUAUAACUCAUCAUCAUCUCAAUCGGAUCUCCCUUAGACCCGAAUAAUUUUCCGACAAAACCUAACCCUAAUUCUUCAAUGGCCAGCGAUUCCAAUGAACCUUCCCGUCGCAAACACCAUCGAUCUUCUCCUUCCGAUGAGGAUACUGGAGAACCAUUGAAACGCCGUAAGCACCGACACCAUCAUCGUCACCACCGUCACCAUCGCCAUCAUAGUAAGAAGCACCUAGAGAAAUCCGAUUCGAAAUCCGAGAAGGAAAUGGUUAAAUCAAAAAGUGAGAUUGAGAACGGAGGUAAACCAGGAGAAGAGAUGAAGAUUGGUACUGUUGUUGGUGUUUCUACUUUAGGGAUUGAUUAUGAUAUGGAGGAAGGAGAAAUCAUUGAGGAUGAUGUUGUGGAUACUGCUGCUGUUGGUGAUGCUGAUGAGAUUAUCGUGGCCAAAAAAUUGGGGAAUGAAGAUGAUUUGAACAUGGAAUUGCAUGAAGCUAAAGGACAAGGGCCUGCAGACAAUGUUGAAAAAGUUGACAGAGAUUCCACUGUUUCAGGACGGCAUGAUGAGCAAAAGCAAAGUAGAAAGGCUGAUAGUUCUAGAGAAAGAAAGUCCAGAGUCAAGCAUUCUGCCAAUGGUAGUUACAUAUAUGAAUUUCAUAAAUUGGAGUCUAAACCACAGAAAGAAGAUAGUAUCGCUGGUGAAGAAAGUACAGAACAAAAGAGCUAUCAUGAGGAUGAAAGUGCUUUACAGGAUCAAAUAAUAAAAUCCUUAACUCCUGAAAAUGUUGGGAAGAGGCAUAGAUCUGUUAGGGUAUCAUCUUCACAUUAUGAGCACCCUGAAGAGAGACAUGUUACAAAGUCAUCCAAGUCACCUGAUCGCUCCAGAGGAAGAUCACGAUCAAAAAGUGUUCUGGAGGAGUCUUUCCUUGUACCUAAGUCUCGUGAGAUAGAUGACACUUAUGAAAAGGAAAGCAGAUAUAGAAGUAACUUUGAUGAUGAAAAAAUUGGAUACAACCGGGACUAUCGACAUGGAAGCCGAGAGUCUUCAAGGGAUAGGGAAAAGGAGCAUAAUUCUUGUAACAGUAGAUCCUCUAGAGACAGGUAUUAUAACAGGGAGAGUGUUGAUAGAUUUCGGGAGAGUAUGGAGAAUGACAGGGAUAGAGUAAGAGAGAAAGACAGGGAGCGUGAGUUGGCUAGAGAAAAGCGAAGGGAGAGCGAUAAGGAGAGGGAAAGGGAGAGCGAUAAGGAGAGGGAGAGGGAAAGAGAGAAAGCUCGAGAUAGGGAAAGGGAUAGAGAAAGAGAAUAUGAGAGGGGGAGAGGGAGAGAGAGGGAAAGGGAGAGGGAGAGGGAGAGGGAAGAGAGAGAAAGGAGGAAUAGGGAUAGGGAAAGCAGGGGACGUAGUAGGGAGGCAGAUAGGGAUAGAAAUAGUGAUAGGUACAGCAGGCAGCAGGAUGACAGUCUUGCUUAUAAUAGACGUAAUAGACAUUAUGAGACUGGCAUUAAUCACUUUAAAACUGAGACCACAAAGCAACAUGCUGUAGAGACAGAGAGUGAGAGAUCUAAAAGAGAUAAAGUUGAGCAGGAGGAUUAUCAGGAAAAAGUUGUUUUCCAGCUUGCUGAACAGGAAGAAGAAGAUGAACUUGAUAGAAUUAAGGAGGAGAGCAGAAGGCGAAGGCAAGCUAUUCUUGAAAAAUAUAAGAUAAAGAACUCACAGAAGGAACAAGUAACUCAAUCUGGGGACGUUGUUGAGAUUCACAUGGAUCAGUCAACCCAAAAACUGGCAGCCAGACAGAAUGUUGUGCAAGAGUCUAUUGAUGCUAAAAGCAAUGGUGCAGAUGUCGAGCCAACAUUUUCUGUUGGGAAAUCACCUCUGCAGGGUGGUCAUAUUGGUGAUGUGCAGGCUUCUGGAGCUGGUGGACUGGGACAGGGUACUCCAAAGAGUGAGAGGUCGGCUGACAUGUUUUGUGACGAUAUAUUUGGAGAAUCGCCUGCUGGCAUCAGGAAGAUGGGCAAAGGAGAUGGUGUGGCGGUUGAGCGCAGUGGCCUUCAUGAUAACUGGGAUGAUCCGGAAGGGUAUUAUAGUUAUCGGUUCGGAGAAAUUCUUGAUGGCCGUUAUGAGAUUGUUGCUGCUCAUGGUAAAGGAGUCUUUUCUACUGUUGUCCGCGCUAAAGAUCUCAAGGUUAGACCUGGUGACCCUGAGGAAGUAGCAAUAAAAAUGAUACGCAAUAAUGAAACAAUGUAUAAAGCAGGUAUGGAAGAGUUGGUCAUACUGAAGAAGCUAGUUGGUGCAGAUCCUGAAGACAAGCGCCACUGUGUUCGAUUUAUUUCUAGCUUCAAGUACCGGAAUCAUCUCUGUUUGGUUUUUGAGUCUCUUCAUAUGAAUCUCCGUGAGGUUUUGAAGAAGUUUGGACGUAACAUUGGACUCAAACUCACUGCUGUGAGGACGUACGCAAAGCAACUUUUCAUUGCUUUGAAGCAUUUAAAAAAUUGUGGUGUGCUUCAUUGUGAUAUUAAACCCGACAACAUGUUGGUAAAUGAAGCAAAAAAUGUGCUGAAGCUUUGUGACUUUGGUAAUGCUAUGUUUGCUGGAAAAAAUGAAAUUACUCCAUACCUCGUGAGCCGUUUUUACCGUGCCCCAGAGAUCAUUCUUGGCUUGUCGUAUGAUCAUCCGAUGGAUAUAUGGUCAGUGGGUUGCUGUUUGUUUGAGCUCUAUGCUGGGAAAGUGUUAUUUCCAGGUCCAACUAAUAAUGACAUGCUUCGUCUUCAUAUGGAAUUGAAAGGUCCAUUUCCAAAAAAGAUGCUUAGAAAGGGUGCAUUUACAGAACAACAUUUUGACCAAGAUCUCAAUUUUCUUGCCAUCGAAGAGGAUCCUGUUACAAAGAAGGCCAUAAGGAAGCUGAUUGUUAAUAUCAAGCCAAAAGAUAUCAGUUCAAUAAUUUUGGGCUCUCCAGGUGAAGACCCAAAGAUGUUGGCUCACUUCAAAGAUCUUAUGGAGAGAAUUUUUGUGUUAGAUCCAGAAAAGAGAAUGACUGUUUCCCAGGCAUUGAGCCACCCAUUCAUCACGGGCAAGUGAAUGACAACAAUGAUUUUAUGACCAGGGACAUGCUGUUGCACUAGAUACUAGUGUAUUAUGAUCAUAUGAUCUUAGUUUAUUUUCAGUUCUCUAAUCAUUGGGCUUUAUAUGUCUUUAUCUACUAUCAUGGGUUAAGUGCUUCGGAGAUUGGCAUGGUUGAAGUUGCAGAGAAGAUUGCUGAUUUUGGGAGAUCUAUAUCUUGGCAGUUCUUUCAGUGCAAUGUUUUCUGUUCUAUCGAUAUCUACCAGGGCAUUGAUGCAAGAUUCAGUGAUUUAGAUGCUUAAAAGGCACCCUGGAGAAGGUACCUUGGUUUGUUUGUUAGGAAUUACUGUGACUCCCUUUUAAUGUUGUGAAUCAACUUGAUUCCUUGGACAUCAGUGAUAAUUUGUGUUUUCUUGUUCGUGUCAAUUUUUAAUUUUUCUCGACAAGUUCUGCUUUCUGAACUUUAAUUUGGUCCUGUCUGAAUAAUUGCACACUUGAGGGUGGUUUGUUAAUGAGCCUCCUUAGGUUAGAAUAGUAAAACUAUCAAGAGCUAAGGGUUCUAUAUUAUUUGGAAAUAAUUUGGAGUCAUUGUUAUUUUUUCUAUUUCUUAAAUUUUUUUCCGAAAAACACUUUCUAAUAAGUUGCAUUGCAUCUGAUCCAUGGUAUGGUCAUCCUGGAGCAAUGUAUGACUGGAGAAUGAUCAGAUGCAGCCUUGAAGUGAGUUGUUUGAGGUGUGGUUCCAUGCAUCUGCAGUUCUAGUAAGUAUCCUUGAAUUUCAUUACGUCUCUGGUGUAAUAGGUGGGUAUCUUUUGAAAACCUGAUAUUCUUCUAUCAAUGUAUUAUUACAUUCAAAGUUUGGUAGUCCUCCAUGGAAUAUAAUUCAAAUUCUUAACUGAAUUUUGCUAAUAAAAUUGGUCAUUGUGGAUCAAAUCUAUCUCAAAUUUCAAUUGUCCCUUUCCUGAACACUAACUUCCCGUGCCAGAUUUUUAGUCAUGAAAAAAAAACAUCUGUCUAGCUUGCAUUGGAAUUUGACUUUAUAGAUCCCUCCUCCAAGAAGCAUUGCAUUUUUCUCCAAUCUGCACGGUCAAGGAACAUUUGACAAGCCUCUCAUGUUUAUCUUCCUCCACCUUCUUAGGCACCUACAUAUUGCUCCUCUGCCAAGCCUCUCCGACUUUCUCUAUCCAUUUUUUAGCCGUUAAACUUUGUUAGUCAUGACAAGCUCAACUUGUGACUAUACCUUUUUAUCCAUAGGGUUUGUCCUUCUCGAAGGAUUUGAGGUGUGAUGUAUAGCCACGAGUCUUUAAACCCCUCAAUGCCUGACUACCAUUUGACUAGUAAUCUUUCUUUCUCACACUAAAGAAUUCUGCACUCAAGUUUGGUAUAAUUGUUUUUGGAUUAUGGUACUUUUCAGGAAAUUCAAACUUCAAAUAAUGUUUAGAGGGGACAAGUGCAUGGCUUUUAUGAGAUACUUAACUGAAUAGUCAUUUCCUUAAAAAAAUUCUUCUCAAGUAGAAUGUAGCCCUAGGGAAUUUCUUUUUUGAUGAAAGUAGGAAUGUGGAAUUUCUAAAUUCAGACGAACACUGUAAAGGGACUAUUUUCAAAUGUCAAACAAAAAUCAUAUUUUUAAUGAGGUAGUGUUGCAAAUUAAAGCAUCACUAAAAACAUAUGAAAGCUCAUAAGGAGUCAAAUAGUUAGGCAUGCAAUUAAACUACUGGCAAUCUUGCUGCAUUUUGCAAAAGUAAUGUGAUAUCCAAGAUGAGGCAAAACAAGUGAGAAAUAGCAUAUACAUGUAUAAGUUCGUUUAUUUUGUUUAAUCGGCUUAUUUUUUCAGAAAAUCGAGAACUCAAAUGUAAACGAAAAUUUUGAUUUUUUCGGUUUUUGGUCGGUUCAUGGUUUAUGUUUUUAAUAUUAUCAGUUUUUCAAUAUGGUUCUUCAGUUAACUGGAAAAUCAAAAUGAAAGAGGUUUUGGGGUUCUCUAUACAGUACUCGUUAGUUUAAAAAGUUCUCUAGCCCAAUUACACCCUCCCAAGGCUGAAGCCAGAGUUCUGAUGCCAAGCCUAGGCUCUUAGCUUAGUUUAUGCUAGGGUUCCAAGUCUCUUUUGCUGAUGCAUUGUCGCCUCACACUCUUACCGUCCCACAUUUGUCCUGCAUUGGUGCUGUACUGGCCUGCUUUGAGUCCCUUCUCUCUUUCUUAAGAUGUCAUAGGUAGAUUUUAGUGAAUUGACUUGAUAAAGUUGAAGUGUAUCUUUACUCUUGUUUCUGUAUUUCUGAAUGUAAGUUAAGUUUACCGUAGUUCAUUCCUGUUUCUUUAACUCACUUUAACACCGCCUUUGUUUGAGUGAACUCACCCCAUUGUUUGUGGUUUGGUUCUCUUGUUAUUUAUCUUUGGUGAAGCACUCACAUACUUCUAUCUGACUUGGAUCUCUAUUUCUGAUGUCUUAAAAGUGUUUCGUAUUCCUUCUAUGGGUUCUCAAUCUGUGUGUGUUUACCUUCUACAUUUUAUUAUGUCUUUAGUUAGAAUAGCAGCUGUCAUUUGAGUUGUUUGUUUUUGGUUCAAGUGUAUUUGUUGUUCUUCAGAAUUCUUUUGUCAUUCUAAUGAAGCCAUUAUAAAUUUAAAAAUAUUCAGAAUACAUUGAAUCCUGCAUAUGUUGAUUCAGUUUGAUAUUACAAAUCACUUCUUAUUGUAUAACAAGUGACAUUACCCAUCACUAGUCUGGAUAAGUAAGAAGUGUAAAGAGCUCAAUUUUCCCUUGAACUAUGUGAAAUGGUCCAACUUUGCCCUCUGUUAAAAGUUGGGAGUCAUCCAUAUCCUCGCCAGUCGCCAUUUAGUUUUGGCUCGAAAUCUGAACUUCUAACCAUAAGGGCAGAUUUCGAUCUUUUUCUCUAUUAUAUGAGUUAGACUCUAAUCAUCCGGAGUAGCACAAAAACUUGCCACGUUGCUAUGCUGUCAAAAAAAUGCAGCUUCCUAACUACCAAAUUUGUUUCACACUCAUCACUUAUGUAUUGUGAAGUAAAUUUAUAAAAAUAUAUAUUUGAAGGGAAGCUUGCUCUGCCAUUGUGGGUUCUCUGUUCGGUUUUGCUCUAAUCACUUGUGCCUUGAAAUAUUCUCAGCUGCAUUUACUGCACCGAUCUGUGUUUAUAUGUGAGAUUAUAGCUUGAAUGUAAGAAGUGGAAUGACCCUCUUUAUGUGGGAUCAUAGUGCAACAACACCAUUCGUAUUUUGUGCUGUCGAAGGAUUUAAAAAUUUUGUUCCUCAAUUACUCUGAUCAUUCUUUACUAGCUUCUUGAUGGUUAGAGCAUUCAUUUUUAGUAGUGCUACACACUUCAUUUCAUUGUGUUUUCCAGUUCUGGUGGUUAGGGAUGAGUGUUGUUUUGGAGCUUGACGUUGUCAUAGAUUGUUAAAUGAUCAUAUCAUGCCUUGAUGCACAACUGUGGAUUGAAUUCAGAUUCUAGUAAUUGAGAUAUUGCUUCAUGAUUUAGCUUAUUGCAACUUUUUUUGGAGUUUGGAAAAGUUAUCUCUAUGUAUGUAGUAGUUAGUUAAACCAGUGCUCCAAUUGCGCGCUGCACUAAUGCUGAAGAAUUUCCUGCCUUCACCUGGAUGUUCUGCUUAACUCUUUCGAUAUUUUAGUGCAUAACAGUUGCCAGA